AUGGUGGGAUUGUCAGUUGUAAAGAUGGUGGGAUUGUCAGUUGUAAAGAUGGUGGGAUUGUCAGUUGUAAAGAUGGUGGGAUGGUCAGUUGUAAAGAUGGUGGGAUUGUCAGUUGUAAAGAUGGUGGAAUUGUCAGUUGUAAAGAUGGUGGGAUUGUCAGUUGUAAAGAUGGUGGGAUUGUCAGUUGUAAAGAUGGUGGGAUGGUCAGUUGUAAAGAUGGUGGGAUGGUCAGUUGUAAAGAUGGUGGGAUGGUCAGUUGUAAAGAUGGUGGGAUGGUCAGUUGUAAAGAUGGUGGGAUUGUCAGUUGUAAAGAUGGUGGGGUGGUCAGUUGUAAAGAUGGUGGGAUGGUCAGUUGUAAAGAUGGUGGGAUGGUCAGUUUUAUAG